GGGAGGAGAGGUCGGGGUGGGGGCUGCGGUCAGGCGCGUAGCCUCCGUUCCGUCCGGCACAGGCUUGGUGAGCGGGCAGCGAAUGAGGUUGUCCCGUCGUCUCAGGACGGCCGCCGCCCGUCGCUCGCUGGCGAGGAAGGCGAUAGGCUCCCAGUGGCUGCGCAUCCUCCGCGGGGAGAGGAGGGACCGGGGCGGCUCCAGCAGCGGGAGGAGGGCGGGAGCAGCAGAGAGAAGCGCUCCGCCCAGCUCCCGGAGGAGACAGUUCUCACAGAAGGGGUGUCGAGGGGAAGCGGGGUUGGGUGCAGUCGUUUUCUUGUAGCGCUGUCGAAACAGCCGAGCACCAAGGGCGAGAGGAAGAGAGGGAUGGACUCCGCUCCGUCAGAUGCUGGCUUGAAUUCUCCAUUGACUUGUCGCUGAUAGCCCGCUGCCAGAUGUGGGUGUCUGGGUGGACCUCGUUCUAUCGCUCCGUGUCUGAGCGUAAAGCUUAGUUCUGCUGCUUGUGGAUCUUUUAUUGUUAUUGCCCGAAAGGACCCAUCCCGCUAGCCUGACAAAAUGAAGCCUUUGUAUUUUUCAGUCAAUUAUACCUAAUACCGAUUAGUCGGUUUGGUACAAGGGGCUGAAGCGCUGCCUCGCUCGGAGGACCGUCAGGGACUCUCGCUACAUGUAGCUGGAUGUGUGGCGGCACAUCCUAUCGCCUUCCCCACGCCUUCUUCCUCGAGCUUUUUCCAAAAUGAAGAAAUUCAAUUUUCGCAAAGUUCUGGAUGGUCUGACCGCCUCUUCGCCCGGUGGCAGCGCUGGCGGUGGUGGGGCUGGCGGAGGCUCCGCGCAUCCCGGUGGGACUGCGGGCGCCGCGGGAACUCCUCGGGAGGAGAUCCAGGAAACGCUAACUUCGGAUUAUUUCCAGAUCUGUAAGACGGUUCGUCAUGGUUUUCCUUAUCUACCCACUGCCUUAGCUUUUGACCCAGUUCAGAAAAUUCUGGCAAUUGGGACAAGAACAGGAGCCAUACGAAUAUUGGGUAGGCCUGGUGUUGAUUGCUACUGCCAACAUGAAAGUGGUGCUGCAGUCCUACAGCUCCAGUUCUUAAUCAAUGAGGGUGCUUUGGUCAGUGCGUGUGCAGAUGAUACGCUCCAUUUGUGGAAUCUCAGACAGAAACGACCAGCUAUCCUCCAUUCUCUGAAAUUUAACAGAGAACGAAUUACUUACUGCCAUCUACCUUUCCAGAGUAAAUGGCUUUAUGUUGGAACAGAGCGGGGAAAUACACACAUUGUAAAUAUCGAGUCCUUCAUUCUUUCUGGAUAUGUUAUCAUGUGGAACAAAGCAAUAGAACUAUCCACUAAGACUCACCCUGGGCCAGUUGUACAUUUAAGUGAUAGCCCAAGAGAUGAAGGGAAACUAUUGAUAGGCUAUGAAAAUGGGACUGUAGUAUUCUGGGACUUACGAUCUAAAAGAGCUGAUUUGAGAGCUUAUUAUGAUGAGGCUAUUCAUUCUGUUGCUUGGCACCAUGAAGGGAAACAGUUUAUGUGCAGUCACUCUGAUGGAAGCCUGACCUUAUGGAACCUGAAAAGUCCUAACAGACCUUUCCAGACCACAAUCCCACAUGGAAAAAUUCAAAGAGACGGAAAAAAACCUGAAUCCUGUAAACCAAUUCUUAAAGUGGAGUACAAAACCUGUAAAAACAGUGAACCAUUUGUGAUAUUUUCCGGUGGGUUGUCAUAUGAUAAGGCUUGUCGAAGACCAAGUCUAACGAUUAUGCAUGGGAAAGCAAUUACAGUUCUUGAAAUGGAUCAUCCUAUAGUUGAUUUUUUAACUCUUUGUGAAACCCCAUAUCCGAAUGAAUUUCAAGAACCCUAUGCUGUAGUUGUGCUUUUGGAAAAAGAUCUCAUUGUUGUUGACCUGACACAAAGCAAUUUUCCAAUCUUUGAAAAUCCAUAUCCUAUUGACAUUCAUGAGUCACCUGUCACCUGCACAGAAUAUUUUGCCGACUGUCCUCCAGAUUUGAUUCCUGUACUCUAUUCUGUAGGAGCAAAACAUAAAAAGCAAGGAUACAGCAAUAAGGAGUGGCCUAUCAGUGGUGGAGCAUGGAAUCUUGGAGCUCAGACAUAUCCUGAAAUCAUUAUUACAGGCCAUGCAGAUGGAUCAGUAAAGUUUUGGGAUGCUUCUGCCAUUACACUGCAGAUGUUGUACAAAUUAAAAACAUCAAAAGUCUUUGAAAAACAGAAGCCAGGGGAAGGAAAAGCAACAGCUGAGAUUGUGGAAGAAGACCCUUUUGCAGUUCAAAUGAUGUACUGGUGUCCUGAAAGCCGAAUUUUCUGUGUGGCAGGAGUUUCUGCAUAUGUGGUUGUUUAUAGAUUCAGCAAACAUGAAGUAAAUACUGAAAUUGCGUCACUAGAGGUACGACUUCAGUAUGAAGUAGAAGAUAUCAUUACUCCUGAACCGGAAAUAAUUCCUCAAUUUCCAGAUGCCUCUUCCCAGCUUCCUUCUUUAAAGAGUCUUUCAGGUAGUACCAACACUGUAGCAUGUGAAGGAAUGAUGAAGGACAGUAUCCCAUGUCUUAGUGUUAAGACUCGACCUGUGCGAAUGCCUCCUGGAUAUCAAGCAGAUCUUGUUAUUCAGUUGGUGUGGGUGGAUGGUGAGCCUCCACAACAGAUUACCAGUCUUGCUGUAAACUCUGCCUAUGGACUAGUGGCAUUUGGAAACUGCAAUGGUUUGGCUGUUGUGGACUUCAUGCAAAAGACCGUACUACUGAGCAUGGGAACCCUUGAAUUGUACGGGUCGAGUGAUCCGUACCAACGCCAGCCCCGUUCACCUCGAAAAAGCAAGCAGUUUGCUGCAGACAACUUUUGCAUGCGUGGCCUGUCUAACUUUUAUCCAGAUUUAACGAAACGGAUCCGUACUUCCUAUCAGAGCCUGACUGAACUCAGUGACAGUCCAGUUUCCCUGGAGCUAGAGCGUUGCAAGUCUCCCACUUCAGAUCACGUGAAUGGUCACUGUACAAGCCCAACAUCCCAGAGCUGCAGUUCAGGAAAACGACUUUCCAGCGCGGACGUCUCAAAAGCAAACCGCCGAGGGCCCGGGAGGCCCCCCUUUAGAAAAGCACAGUCUGCAGCCUGCAUGGAGAUUUCCCUCCCAGUCACCACAGAAGGUUACAUUUCCAGACGGGCAGUGCUUCAGCAAUUACACGGAAUCAGUUCAUUCUCACACGACGAGCGUCACUGUACUGCUCACACAUGGAUGAACAAAGAAAACCGAGAAAACUCCUUCAGCCGUUCCCGAAGCUCCAGCGUGUCGAGUAUUGACAGGGACUCCAAGGAGGCAAUCACAGCCUUGUACUUCAUGGAGUCCUUUGCCCGAAAGAAUGACUCUGCUGUCUCCCCAUGCCUCUGGGUUGGAACGGGCCUUGGUAUGGUCUUAAUCCUCUCUCUUAACCUGCCUGCCAGUGACGACUUACGGCAGUCAGAGCCGGUCAUGGUGUCACCGAGUGUUUGGCUGUCUUUCCUGUCAGAAGGCUGCAGAGAAGCAGAAGGGAGCUCAGGAAAGGAAACACAAAUGUUGGCAGGCACAGUUCUGACACUGAAAGGAGCCGUGCUGACCUUCGCCUGCUUGGACUGCACGGGGACAUUGAUACAUCCACCUUAUGAAGUAUGGAGGGACCCACACAGUGCUGAUGAUGGUGAAAAAACAAGGAAAAGAAAACUCGUCAUGCAUUCCCCUUCCUCCUCCCAGGAUAUGGGUGAUCAUCAAUUUGCAGUCAUUUGUUCAGAAAAACAAGCCAAAGUCUUCUCAUUGCCUUCCCAAACAUGUCUUUAUGUCCACAACAUCACCGAAACGUCCUUUUUAUUGCAAGCAGAUGUGGUCACCCUCUGUAACAGCGUCUGUCUGGCGUGCUUUUGUGCCAAUGGGCACAUCAUGACACUGAGCUUGCCCAGCCUUCGCCCACUGCUGGACAUCAACUAUCUGCCUGUAACGGAUAUGAGGAUAGCGCGGACCUUUUGCUUCAGUAACGAAGGGCAGGCUUUGUACCUCAGCUCUCCCACUGAGAUCCAGCGCCUCACGUACAGCCAGGAGAUGUGUGACAACCUGCAGGACAUGCUUGGGGAUUUGUUUACUCCCGUGGAAACACCAGAAGCCCAAAACAGAGGCUUUCUUAAAGGGCUUUUUGGAGGAAGUGGACAAGCUUUCGACAGAGAGGAGCUUUUUGGUGAGGCCACGGCAGGAAAAGCCUCUCGCAGUCUUGCCCAGCACAUCCCUGGAUCAGGUGGAAUUGAAGGUGUGAGAGGAGCUGCAGGAGGAGUCAUUGGGGACUUGACUCGCGCUCGUAUUGCUCUUGAUGAGAGAGGACAGAAACUGGGAGAGCUGGAUGAAAGGACCGCGAGCAUGAUGGCCAGUGCAGAGGCAUUUUCCAAACAUGCACAUGAGGUGAUGCUGAAAUACAAGGACAAAAAAUGGUACCAGUUUUAAACUUCUAAAGAAUCUGCUUGUGGCUUUGUUCAGAACACUGCUGAGGGAAGCAACGUUCAUUCCCAAAUCUAUCAGUCAUCGGCCAGAAACAAUUUGUUCUCCUAGAAGAUGUUUUCCUCUUACUGUGUUGGAAUCAUCGCAGUGGGCGUCAAAGAGAUUUUCCAGAACAUGAGUUGGAAACUGGAGUCAUGGGGGCUUUAUGGCAGCAACUGGUUUAUGCAGUAGCCAGUCUUUCCCAAAAGGAACUCAACCAUCACUGUGGCAUGUAGCUUUUCAGAAGCUGUAGGUAUGAACUGUGGGGAGCCGUGUCUGAUUAAAAAUACUCUGUAAAAACUCGAAUGUUAAUGCACUUAGAAAACUUUGCAUGGUUAAUUGACAUCUUAAAAAUAAAAAAAAAAGGAAAAAAAAGGAAAAGAAAAAAAAAAAAGCAUGUUGUGACCGAAGAAAAAUGGGAUUAAUUUAUAUUGAGCAAAAAAAAAAAGAACUUAAAUGGCAAAAAUCUGUAUUUUUUAAAAAUGAGACUACAAAAAGCCAGUACAUUUCAAGCAUGUUUGCUACUGUUCUCAACAUAAAAAUGAGUUGAGCUGCAUUUUCUUAUCUGCUACUCAUUUCCCUUGAAAAACCUUGCUUGAAAUCAGUGCUGUUUAACUCCUUCCGGAAGAAUAAAUAAUUUCAAAAGCCUAUGUCCAAAUUCUACAGAUUUUUCAAGUAGCUAAACAGGCACUAUCUGAAAUGUCAUUAAAACAUGAGAGCAGAUGAA